AUAAUUACCUUGAAGUUAUCCAUUGUAACAGCAAGAGAAGAUAAAACUUCAGCAUCUAUGUGUUCAUCUUCCAAAUCAAUAAGAUCCAUUUUUUCACGAAUUUGUUGUAAUGCUGCUUCAGAACAUAAUGAAGCUAAAUCAGCUCCAACAUGCCCAUGUUUAAAAAUUAACGUACCAUUGAUAAGAAAGAAAAAUGCUCCUGUUUCAUUUGCAACAGCACGAGCGAUAAGAGUUUUUCCUGUGCCUGGUGGGCCAUAUAAAAGAAUACCACGAGGUGGUUUAACUCCAAUAACUUUAAAUAAAGAUGGAUGUCUUAAAGAGUAUGGUGGCCAUUUUUUGUCGUACUAUUUUAUAUAUUAGCACCAGUUCCAACUAUAAUUGCACGUCGCUAUGCAAAUGAUUUUGAAAAUAAUUCUAAUCCAUGUUUGGAGCUGGCAAUAUUCUUUACUACAGGCUUUGUUAUAUCAUCAUUUGCUCUUCCUAUUGUCUUAGCUCGAUCCCCAGUUAACGAUCCAGUGGUAUAUUUAUAUACAUAAUUAUGCAUAUUUUGUAUUGUGUUGUAUUAUUAUAUUAUAUUAUUAUUAUUAUAUUAUAAUAGAUAAACAAUUCACUAAUACAAAAAAUAAUAUAUAUUUCUAUUAUGCACUUUCAGAUACAGUGGGGUGCUUGUUAUUUGACUUUAGCAGGUAAUAUUAUUAUGUAUCUAACUCUAGUCGGAUUUUUCGUAACCUUCGAUCAGGAUGAACUCGAGUAUAACACAUGUUGAAAUGCUGUACUUCAUUGUACUUAUUUAUUAAUUUUACAUGGUAAUAUUAUAGAGUUAUAUCGUACUACUUUCAGUGUGUUUCUUAUUCUUUAUAACAUAUAAUCUGAACAUUUUUAGGUUUUUUCAAAAUAAAAGGAGGAAUACAAAUCAUAUACUGCACUGACUAACAGUUAUGUGUUGAUUCUAAGUCAUUGCAAAAUUUAUAGUAUAUUACUUAUACGAUAUACAUAUUAUCAUAAAGCAUAUUAUCAUUUAAGACACAGUGGAUACUAAUACUAUAACUAAUACUAAAGUCAAUGAUGAUUUAUUUUACUAUUUUUAUCCUGUAAUCAAAAACUUCAGAUUCUAAAAUUUAAAAUUUAAAAUUUUUACAAACUUCUUUGGAUAAAAUUACAAACACAGAAUUUAAUAUUUAUAUUUAUUGAAUUUAAGUUCUUGAAAGCAAUAUUAAUAAAUACAAUUUUUUACAUUACUUCAUAUUUUAUAUUAUUUUUAUAAAUGAAUAAUUAUGAAUAAAAAAUUGUAAGUUAAUUUAUUGCGCAAUGUUCUACAAAUGUUUUAUAUACAACUAGUAUGAUAGGUUUUAUAAAGGAAAUAAAAAUUUUCAUAACUAAUAUAUAAAAAAAUUAUUGUAUUAAAAGAAAAUACUAAUGAAUAUUACUGAAUGAUACACAUUGUCUAUGUGGUAAGGAUCAGAUAAUCUAUAAUAAACUAAUUUUUACUCUUAUAUAUAAUAAUUAUCAAAUGUACAUAAUUAAAUUUCUUUCCAGCUAUUUUAAGUAUUCUUUCCAAAUAGUAUGUACAGCAUUUACAAUAUUUACAUAAAUGCUAUUUUUAAAAAUUAUAUUAUAAAUAAAUAUAAUUUUUAACUUAAAAUAAGUGCAGUGAUUACUUAAAAUUAUACAAAAUAUUAUUUUAUUUAUAUUUUAUACAACUUUAUUUUAUAAAUAUUUCUAAAAAUUUAUUAAUAUUUAAUUGCCAUAGUGAUGUUAUAAUAUUAUUAUUUAUUAGAUAUUCUUUUCUAGUUUAUAAACUAGAUAUUUAUCUGUAGAUAUAAUCUACUUGAUAUUAUUUUUUUAAAUAUAAUACAGAAAUAAGUAUAGAAGAUUAAAAGAAAAGUAAGGAUUAAAGUACAUAAUCAAAGUAUCAAAGUAUAAGAAUGAAAGAAUGAAAUUCAUAUAUUAUAAUAUAAUAUUAUUUCGCAAAAAGAUCUCAAAUUCCAAAAAUGCAUCAUUAUUAAUCCAUAAAAUUAACAUUAAAAAAUUACAAAUUAAUUUAUUGUUUAUUUUUAUUAUUUUUAUUACUUAGAUAUUUCUAA